AUGAUGAACGAAAGAGUCACCUACACAGAGCUGAAUGUGGCAAAGAGCUCAAGGAACCAGCAAAGAAAACCAAGGGGCCGGCGCAGUUCCAUUUCGGUGAUCGAGCAGGAAAUCACCUAUGCGGAAUUCAGCUUUCAAGAUGCUUCUCCAGAACACCGCCCAGUCUGCAGGGACCGCCACUGCAAAGGUUUUCCAUCUCCUUUAGAAAAACUCAUUGCUGGGUCCCUGGGCAUCAUCAGCUUUGCCUUACUAGUUGCUGUGAUUGUAAUUACUACAGUCGCCACACCAUAUACUGAAGCAAAGGCACAGAGCAACUCGUCUUUGCCUACAACCAACAAAGGUAUAUAUUGUUUAAACCCUAAUCUCUCUUUAGCACGCCCUUGUGAUUGUUGUCCAACGGACGGGAUAUCUUAUUCCCACAAUUGUUAUUACAUUGGUGUGGAGAAAAAAUCUUGGAAUGACAGCUCGGAGUCCUGCAUUUACAAAACCUGUAAUCUGCUUUAUAUAAAUAAUGAAGAGGAGAUGGACUUUCUGAAAUCCCUCUCAGUGGUCUCAUGGGUUGGAGUCUUUCGAAAGAGCAGGAGUCAACCCUGGGUUUGGAAAAAUGACUCAACUUUCAAACCAAAGAUAGCAGACUCCUCCCAUGAUGAACAUAACUGUGCCAUGCUGUCAGCUUCUGGUCUCACAGCAGACAACUGUGCAACUUUACACACAUAUCUUUGUAAGUUUCCUGCCCUAGCUUCCCUCAGUCAUGGAUAUGACCUGAAAGAUGUGCGACUUCUUAAGAAGCAUCUCCGUAGCACAGAUCACAGCAGAAUCACUGAAGAGCACAGAGCAGGUAUCACUGCGCCGCAGACAGGAAUCAUGGGGGACUUGCUGGGACCUGAACGUCGCUCAGAAUCCAGGGAAGCAGCAAAGAAAACCCAGUCACAGCUCCAUUUCAGCAAGGGAGCAAAAGAUCACCCGCUGGAGUGCAGCCUUCAACAUGCUUCCUGGAAGCACCUCAAGACCAGCAGACACCACAACUGCAAAAACUUUUUAUCACCUCCAGAGAAGCUCAUCUCUGGGAUCCUGGGCAUCAUCUGGUUUGCCUUAUUGGUCGCUUUGGUGAUAUCGGCCAGAGUUGCCUCUCCAUAUAUUGAACCAAAGGAGCAGAACCACUCCCUCGUGAUCAUAACCCAGAAAGGUACAUCUCACUUAAAUAAUAAGUUAAUAAAUCAUAAUCUUUCUUCAGCACAUCCCUGUCGUCAUUGUCCAAAGGACUGGAUAUCCUAUUCCCACAACUGUUACUACAUUGGUGUGGAGAAAAAAUCUUGGAAUGACAGUUCUGAGUCCUGCAUGUCCCAAACCUGUAAUCUGCUUUAUAUAAAUAAUGAAGAGGAGAUGGACUUUCUGAAAUCCCUCUCAGCGGUCUCAUGGGUUGGAGUCUUUCGAAAGAGCAGGAGUCAACCCUGGGUUUGGAAAAAUGACUCAACUUUCAAACCAAAGAUAGCAGACUCCUCCCAUGAUGAACAUAACUGUGCCAUGCUGUCAGCUUCUGGUCUCACAGCAGAGAACUGUGCAGCUUUACACAGAUAUCUUUGUAAGUGUAAGCCCACCCGCUGA